UGUUGUUUUGGUACGGGGUCACAUGUCCGUCGACGUCACAUCUUUGUAGUUGUGCGCAGCCAUUUUGAGGAAGGAUUUUCAACGACGAGCCUUUGCCAUUAUUAUCUGCGCCGAAGACUCGAAAACAAACCAAAAACAUUUGGCAAAAUUGUUAAAUAUGGGCCCACCGGAAGACGAAUUACUCCACAUGUCGACGGAUAGAACGGAGGACCUCCGCUGGAUUGUCAAUUUAUCUUGACAUGGCAUGCGGGACGGUUUGUGGUCGUGACGACUGAAGAAAAGAACCAGCCGGAGAACAAGCGGAGAGACGCCUCAAAACUUUAGGCGUGGACCGAGUCUCGACCGCUCUCAUUGUUCGACGUUCACCGUCUGGUUAUAGCUUCGCUGUUUGAUUCCGUUUUAGAGGUCGGUGUCUAGACAUGGUAUAUGUCGAAAUAUAUCGAAAAUGCUGACCAUACGAAAAAACAGUUAGGCACCCGACCGUGCGUGUCUCUGGUCCCGCAGAGCAGACUGUCUGAGUGAACCUAGCAGAAAAUGUAAAACACUUCGACAUGAUGACUGUACGCCAACCAUCCCUGGGCCUCAGUUAUGCCAAACAGUCAAAAGAUAAGAUGUAGGUAAUUGGUUGGUUCACUACUAGUUAGUGUUUAAGUGUGAGCCUAGAUUAGCGUGCUAGCUUAGGUUAGCUAGUUUGCUAACAUACCGUACACCGUCAUCAUGACUAUCGACAGUGCAAGGAGAACAGCGGGCCGUGAGCCACAUGAAUGGCAUUAAAACUUCCCAGGAAAUGUCAAGUGGCGUCGUAGUUCUCGAUGUGAGUUGGUGCCAACGUUUUGUGGCAUCUGCGUUUAUCUGCCAUGGUUGUCUGCACUUCAAAACCGUAUGUAAACACGUUCAUAGCGCUGAAUCCUAGUCAUUACUGAACCAAUAGACAAACCAACAGUCAUGAAUGAGAGCCUUUGAAAUGUCCCCAGCAAUACUAUACGUGUCUGCUUGUUUGGGUAGUCUUCCAUUUUACUAGCAAAGUAUACAAGGUUAGGGUUUUGAUAGAAGCCCCCCUUUUAUUGAUGCAACCUCUAAAGAGACACAUUUGAGUUUCUUUAUUCAAUUUACUUCCGUGCCAACAAAUUGCUGACUAGAAGCCUUAUGCUCUUAUGGAAAAGUAAUGUCUUAAAUCUAAAUUUCGUAUCGACCACUAGGGAUAUGUAGUAUCUGAUUACCAUUCCCGUCCUAAACAUUGGCCCUUUAAAAAAAUGAAAACGACCGUCUGAUAAAAAAAAAUUCUAUUAUUUAUUUGCUCGAAUUUUCAUUUGGUGUCAGUUUUUUUUCCUUAGGUGAUAGUGGAAAAAAACUGUUUAUGGUUGUUUCUUGACGGGGUAGUUAACAAAAUCUAUCAAGACCUAUUGUAGGACUUUAAAGCUAGGAGUAAACCGAAAUUAUUCAAUAAAAGAGAAGACUACCAUCCAAACCUCACAAUGGGGGACCCAACCUCGAGAAGGAAUCAAACAAGGAAUCGACUACGUGCUCAGCUGCGAAAGAAACGAGAAUCUCUGGCUGAUCAGUUUGACUUCAAGAUCUAUAUCGCCUUUGUAUUCAAAGACAAGAAAAAGAAGUCUGCACUUUUUGAGGUGGCAGAAGUGGUGCCAGUGAUGACAAACAACUAUGAAGAAAACAUCCUCAGGGGUGUGCGGGAUUCCAGCUACUCCCUCGAAAGCUCUAUAGAACUCCUGCAAAAGGACGUUGUGCAGUUGCAUGCCCCCAGAUACCAGUCAAUGCGCAGGGAUGUGAUAGGUUGUACACAGGAGAUGGAUUUCAUCCUUUGGCCACGCAAUGACAUUGAGAAGAUCGUCUGUCUGCUGUUCUCCAGAUGGAAAGGGGCGGAGGACGAGCCCUUCAGGCCUGUUCAGGCCAAGUUUGAGUUUCAUCAUGGCGACUAUGAAAAGCAGUUCUUGCAUGCUGUGGGCCGUAAGGACAAGGCUGGGAUGGUUAUGAACAACCCCAAUCAGUCUGUAUUUCUCUUCAUGGAUAGACAGCACCUGCAGACUCCUAAAACCAAGGCAACUGUUUUCAAGUUGUGCAGCCUCUGCCUAUACUUGCCCCAGGACCAGCUGACCAGCUGGGGUGUUGGAGAGAUAGAGGACCACCUCCGCCCAUACAUGCCUGACUAAGGCCUACCUCCUUCACCCAGCCACAAAGGGAAGGCACCCCCAACCUCCUCUCCCUCUGACUGAAGCAGUUGACCUAGUCACCUCCACUGUCCUCCAUCCAAUAGAAAUGAACUUGUGCUUGGAUCCCCUUUUUUUCUUUUGGUUUAUGUUAUGUUACCCAUGUGGUCCCCUCUCCAUGACCCGAAGCUGACUCAGUUCCCAUCGUUUGGUUAUGCUCUGCUCACCCUCCCCGGUGCUCCACUCUCCCACCCCUAUUUUUGGAUUGCUCUUCCUCACUUUGUUCCUGUCUGCCUCCUCCAUAACCUCCCCACUUAAGCAUCUGGUUUUGUUUAUUAAACCUGCACAAACAUUCAUUUUGUUACUUUAUUUUUUUCAAUAGAUUUUUUUUUUCUGACUGGUUGGUCAUUCACUCGGAGCCACGCUGUCAAUGACACCUGUCACUGAAGGAACUCUUAUGUUGCAUCACAACAGGAACAAACAGGUUUUCAUGGUGGAUGCGUUUGUGAUCUUUGCUGUCAUAGAAGGCUUGUGAAAGAGUGAAUUGUAAGGGAAGGGGGUCAAAGAUAGAUUUCUAGAACUACUUCAAUCUGUUUGACUGGAUGGGCGCAAAUAGGCGUUUAACUCGUAGAUGCAAAGAUAACGAGAAACAUUUGUCAAUUUGUACGUUUGGCUUCACUUCUCAUUUUACGCCUGCCUUAGAUUGUUUAUGCUGGACAUUUUGUGUCAUUUCUUUCCUCGGAAACAGGCUAACCAUUGCCUUGGAUAGAAGGUCUUGAGUAACUUUGAAGGUCAUACAAACCAAAGUUCCAAGAUACUUUUUAGCCGCUGACUGACUCCAUGCAAGCUGUUAAUUUACUAUCCAUCCAACCUACUUAACUCAUGUUAUCUUUUUUUGUGUUGGCAGGGAUAACUGGGGGGGGGGGGGGGAGGGAUACAACACUGAGAAGCUAAUGUUUAAAAAAUGUAGUGUACCUAACAAAAAGCAGAUCUGAUUUUUCUUUAAUGUGGGAUUGAAUAGGAUAAUUUGCUGCAUUAUUUUUGGAUUAACCUUGUUUAAGUUGGGAAGCAUAUGAUAAUGGUUUUGUUUGCUAAUUCAGUGUGUUCAGUAGAAGGGUUGAGGGGCUUUUCUUUUCAGUUUAUCCUGUAAUGAUUCUCAAAUCAAUAUUGCUGAGCAUAUCCCAAUACAAUGCAAAUUCUGAAUAA